AAGGUCUUCGUCGUCACCGGCGGAGCGCGAGGUCUCGGCUUGACGCUCGCAGAAGCCUUGGUCGAGGGCGGAGGACAUGUCUACUGCCUUGACCGACUAGCGGAGCCCUCGCCGGACUUCAAGGCUGCGCAGGAGCUCGCCGAGAACCAGAGCUAUGGCGGGAGCAUCAGCUACGAUCGCGUCGACGUCCAGGACGCCGAGAACCUCGACGCGGUCAUCGGACGCAUCGCCAAGAAGCAUUCGCGACUCGAUGGGCUGGUGGCCGCCGCAGGAGUGCAGAACGUGACGACCGCGCUCGAGUAUCCCCCCGAAAAGAUCACCGAGAUGAUGGACAUCAACUACAAAGGCGUCUAUCUCUCGGCCGUCAGCUGCGCACGGCAGAUGGUCAAGUACGGGACGCCCGGCAGUAUGUGCCUGGUCGGGUCCAUGAGCGGCCUGAUUGCCAACAAAGGCCUGACGUGCUCCGUCUACAACUCCUCCAAGGCCGCCGUUAUCCAGCUGGGCCGCAGCUUGUCCAUGGAAUGGGGCAAGAUCAUCGAUGGCAAGCCCAUUCGUGUGAACGUCCUUUGCCCUGGAAACAUCAUGACGCCGAUGGUGCGCCAGAACUUCCAAGACGACCCUCUGUUGAGGCAGAUCUGGGAACGAGAGAACAUGCUCGGUCGCAUCUCGGAGCCGCACGAGUACAAGGGGGCGGCGCUGUUCAUGUUGAGCGAUGCAUCCUCCUUCAUGACCGGCGCGCAUCUCGUCAUUGAUGGUGGCUAUACUGCGUGGUAG